AGAUAACCUACCAAAACACACCACACGUGGAUGUCAUUUCUGCCUAGAAAUGACGUCUAGAUCAUUUACCUUUUGACUUUAGCGUCAGUCGUGGUUUGAUAAAGUGAAAUAUCCAUCAUCAUGUCAGAGGAAAAGGAGGAGAUAGCAGAAGAGAUAUACUGGUCAAAAGAGGAGUUCAAGCUGGAGAAAGACUCUGAGCUGAGGUUUGAAGUGGAACAUGGAGCAGAAGUUCAGUUGGAGCUGCUGGAUGGAAUGGCAGAAAUAUUUGGCUCCGAGCUGACGCGGAAGAAGAAGUACAUUCUGGUGUCUGGGUCAAAGGUGGCUGUCUUUACGUGGCAUGGCUGUGUGCUUAAGCUGACGGGUAAAACUGAGGUGGCAUACAUAGCUAAGGAAACUCCGAUGGUAAUGUAUGUGAACACACAUGCUGCCUUAGAACAGAUGAGGAUCAAGGCCGAGACAGAGAUUGGGCGUGGACCCAGGGUAAUGGUUGUGGGUCCCACGGACGUGGGAAAGAGCACCCUGUGCAGGCUCCUGUUGAACUACGCAGUGCGUGUAGGGCGGGCUCCGGUCUUCGUAGACCUGGAUGUAGGACAGGGCCAAGUUUCCAUCCCAGGGACCAUUGGUGCUCUGGUUGUGGAGAGGUCUGCAGAUGUGGAGGAGGGGUUCUCCGAGACGGCACCCUUGGUGUAUCACUACGGACACAACAGCCCCUCUGACAACCUUGCCCUCUAUCACAUGCUUAUCACCUGUAUGGCUGAUGUCAUCAAUGUGCGCUGUGAGCAAAACAAGAAAGCAAAUGUGAGUGGCGUUAUAGUGAACACAGGGGGCUGGAUUCGUGGAGGAGGGUACCAUGCCCUUAUUCACACGGCGGGGGCAUUUGAAGUGGAUGUGGUAGUUGUACUGGACCAGGAGAGGCUGUACAGCGAGUUGUCCAGGGACAUGCCAGACUUUGUCAAGGUCGUCUUGCUGCCCAAAUCAGGAGGGGUUGUGGAGAGAGGCUCACAAACACGCACAGAGGCCCGCGAGGGGAAAAUUCGAGAGUAUUUCUAUGGCAACAGGAAUACACUGUUUCCGCAUACAUUUGAAGUGAAGUGGUCAGAAAUCAAGAUAUACAAAAUCGGAGCCCCCGCCCUGCCAGACUCGUGCCUCCCCCUGGGGAUGAAGGCUCAGGAUAACAAGACCAAGGUAGUCCCUGUUACUCCAGGCCCCAAUCUGCUACACCACAUCCUCAGCAUCAGUACCGCUACUGCCCCAGAGAGCAUUGUGCAGUCUAACGUGUAUGGGUUUAUUGUUGUAACUGGAGUUGACAUUGAGAGGCAGAUUUUCUCUGUGUUGUCCCCCUCCCCACGUCCCCUGCCCAAGGGAAUGUUAGUCAUGAUGGAGCUACAGUUCAUGGACAUUAAGUGAACUCUACCAGAGCUAGGGUAUAGUUCAAGAGUGAUUUACAUGUGUGGAACUACCAUUCAUAGAAAUCAAGUAAACUGUACCAAAGAUACAGUUCGGAGGAGGUUAUAUGUACAUAUAUCGAACUACAGUUCAUGAACAUCAAAAGUUAACUGUACCAGAACUAAAAUACAGUUCAAGAGUGGGUUACAUGUAUGAAGCUACAAUGCAUAGACAUCAAGUAAACUGUACCAAAGAUACAGUUCAGAGGAGGUUAUAUGUAUAUAUGUCGAACUACAGUUCAUGAACAUCAAAAGUCAACUGUACCAGAGCUAAAAUACAGUUCAAGAGUGGGUUACAUGUAUGAAACUACAGUUUGUGAACAUCAAGUAAACUGUACCAGAACUGAGAUAUGGUUCAGGAGAGGUUACCUGUACAUGUAUGAAGGCACAGUAAUGAACGUCAAGUGAACAGUACCAGAACUAAAAUGCAGUUCAGGAGUGGGGCUUACAUGUACCAGUAUCUGUAUGAAGCCACUGCUCAUGGACUUCAAGGGAGCUGUACCAAAAUUAAGAUACAGUUCAGGAGAGGUUUAUGUGUACAUAAAUGACAUUACAUGGUACCAGUUACCUUACAGAGCUAAGAUACAGUUUUGGUGAGGUUUACAUUCAUGGGGCUACAGUUCCUAGUCAUGACCUGAACCAUUCCAGAACUAAGAUACAGUUCAGGUGAGGUUUACACGCAUGGGGCUACAGUUCAUGGUCAUCAACUGAACCGUACCAGAACUAAGAUACAGUU